AUGACAAUGAACAAACAUGGCAUAUACAUAACGGGUUCGAGCCCAGCGUCUGCAAGGCUUGUGUUUCUUUUAAAUUUCCUCGUAUGCUUGUUUUUUAAUUUGAACCAGUCUGAAAUAAAAAGGGCAGGUAAAACAAGUUCGUGGAAAUGGCCUGUAGACUUGGAUUAUUACGAAAGCUCUGAUGGGAGAAUCUUCUUCUCAAACGAACAAGCGAUUCCCAUGCUUGGACUAAACCAAGAAAUAUCUCGCCGAGGAUAUACUCGAGUUGACAAAUUUUUGGCAGGGCAAGGUAAGGAUGUCAGUUUUAGCUCACAAUUCUAUAGACUGAGAUAUAUUGAAUUAUUUUCAAUAAAUAAUAAUAUGAAAUACCACCAAACAAAUGCCUUUUAAUAAACUGUUUUAAUGAAAUAGGAUACAAUGCAAUUUUAUCAUUUGAAUAUGUUUUAUUACAAGAAUUAUUUUCAAUAAAUAAUAUGAAAUAUUUCAUACCACUAAACAAAUGCCUUUUAAUAAACUGUUUUAAUGAAAUAGGAUACAAUGCAAUUUUAUCAUUUGAAUAUGUUUACAAGAAUUAUUUUCAAUAAAUAAUAUGAAAUAUUUCAUACUACCAAACAAAUGCCUUUUUAAACUGUGUUCAUGAAAUUGCAUACAAUGCAUUUUUAUCAUUUGAAUAUGUUUAUAUAUGUAAGGGCCUGUUUAUAUAUAUGGCUGCCGGGCUGGCCCGCUUAGCAAGACAGCCCGGUAAGCGGGAUGAAUUUCUCUUGUGUUUAUAUGAUAAAAUUUCAUCCAGCUUGCCGGGACAAUUUUGUUACAUUGUAUUGUUUCGACAGCUGUUAAAAAUAGCUUGCGGCGGUAUCUUUGAACUUUCAUCCCGGCAACCGGGCUAGCCCACUUGCGAGUGUUUAUAUGGAGAAAUUUCCAUCCCGGUAAGCGAGAUCUCACCUCUUUCAAGUGAGAUCUCGGCAACCGGGCCAGCCCGCUUGUCCAUAUAUAAACGCACAAUAAUUUUUACUUUAAAAAUAACUACACAGCGAGUCUCGCUUACCGGGCUGUCUUGCUUAGCGGGCCAGCCCGGCUUCCAUAUAAACAGGUCCUAAGAAUUAAAGCAUAUUAUGCAUGUACAGUAUAUGAUGUUCAUAGGUAUACAAGGUGGGCUUUGCCAAAUCGAGCAUAUAGUCGGGCAAUUUUUAGCACCAGUUGGCAAUUUUUAGUUGACCGUGGGGAAAAAAGUUGUGGCGAUGGGGAAAGCGGUCCCCCCCCUAAAAUUUAGUUACCCAUACGCCUAUGAUGAUGUUAACCAUAAUAAAUUUGUGUUGCACCCUGUUUUAAUAUUAUAUUUUAUUCUGUCUGACUCCAGACAAUUUACUUGUGAAGGGGAGAGUGCUGGCUGCUGACAUGCAAUUUGUUAUUAACCCAUUAGGUGGGAACACGCACAGAUGCGCCAUAGUUUAGUAUUUACUCUGUCUAAUGCCAGAUGAUUUUACUUGUCAGUAGUAAAAUCAUCUUGAAUUAGAUAGUAUUUGGCUGCAUUACAUAAUAUUUAGUGUCAGUAGUAAAAUCAUCUGGCAUUCUGAUAAUAUUUAGGCUUUUCAGUGAAGUUUGUUUUUAAGUUUUUUGGGGACAAAUACAUAUUUUUAAAGCCAACAAUUGCCCUAUGUGAAAAAAAUCAUGUUCCUGCUUAGCCGGGUUGUAAAGAGGUUCUGCAAGGCUUGAGGCAAAACUUUCCCCAGGGGGGAUUUAUGACAUAAUUAUGGUUAUAGAAGUGGACUUUGCACUUUCUUACAGUUGGCGCAUGCUUAGGACACACCUUUCUUACAGUUGUUAGAUUUUGUUUUGCAAUGUGUUCCCUAUGUUAUUUUUGAUAUUCUUUCAAGGGAAUUGCUACAUUUAGGAGAGAGGGUACUACUUGCAAAGGAUCACCACAUGGGGGAAGGGAUACUUGCAGAGGGUGUCCCUCUGCAAGCAACUGCAGUAUGUUAACAUACAUGUACUACAUUUCAAUUCCUGUCCAUGCACUUAUUUAAAGCUAUUAAAAUGCCAUAUCAUAAAACCAAAAUAAGUCGGUGUUUGUGUGGAUGCCUUGUGUUGACUGUUUAAUUAAAGAAACAUAGUCACUGUUUGAGCGAUGUUAUUUUAGUGUGAUAUCAGAUCCAAUUACAAAUCACAAGAGUUAAUAACUAAACAUCGCUCGAACAGCGACUGCAUGCCUUUAAUAAAUGUGUGAAACAAACUUACCAGAAACAUGUUUUAUAAGUAGUAUGAGCAAGACAUUAGUUUCAACCUCUCACAGCAUCUCUGAUACUAAAUAGAGCAAGGAGUAGAACGUCUCCUGAGAUUGCCUAUUUUCUACUUCCAGUAACAGGUGCAGUGGUUUUUGAUUGGAUCUGGGUUAGGUUUAGGAGCCAAUCAGAGAGCACAUUACGUCAGUCGGUGAAUAUUGUGUGGCAGUUGGCACAUAUAUAUUUUGUUAUUAAUAUUACAUUUUAUUCACUAUUUGCUUUCUGACUGGCCAAUAGUUUUUAGCUAAUGCAACUUCAACAUACUGUAAUAAUGUUAAUAUGUAGAUUGAGAAAAAAGCUGUACCAAAUUUUAUACUGUAGCAAGGUUGCAUUUUCUUGAAUUUUUGUGCCAAACUUAAAUGCAGACCUUAAAUGCUUUUUGAGUUAUUUUGACAUGGACGUUUGACAUAAAAUCCGGGGGUGGGUCCAGCAAGGUUUUUCUAUGGGAGUGCGGGGUGAGCAGCAGUAUUUUUUAGGGGUGGUUGAGCAUUCAAAUGAAUUGGCUUCCUAACGACUUGAGUGCCGAAGGCGCAGCCUCCAGGUCCAGCACCCCCCCCCCCCCCGGUGGAAAAUGUUGAAAAUUAGAACGCUAGAAAUGCCAUUUCCUGCGAUAUGGGCAUUGAAUUAUGAGCUUCAGUUUGAUUUCAAAAAAAGAAAAACCUUGGAAAUUGUGCCAUAUUUCUGAAUUUGAUUUUUUUGCACCCCUCCCCCCUCCUUGCACCCCUGUUGACCAAGGCCAACAGGGGUACACACCCCUGUGCACCCCCUGUAAAUCCACUCCUGAUAAAAUUACAGCGCUUUCAAGUUUACAGACCAAAUCGUAUUGAUAACACAUACCUCAACAUUGAUGAUUAUAAAUCUGGAUAUCACACAAACUUCAUACAGAUAGUAUUUUGUUGUCUUGUUUUAGGAAUUUCACAUUCAUUUGUGUGUGAUGGAGUGAAAAGAAGAAUGAUUGGUUAUGAAACUUUUAUGUGCUUGGUGAUGGGAUUUUGUGGACAUAAAGUUAAAGUAGAUGAGAGUACUGAAGAAGUCGUCCUUAAACUUCGUCAAUGUUCCUUGAGCAGGAUGCAUCUAGUUAAGCAAAAGAAACUGUUACAAAAAACUGAUUCUCCCCCGAGGCACUACACUUCCAGAAUUGUACAAACUACACCAAAGAAGGUUUCAACUAACGCAACCCAAACAUCGCAAUGCCAGGGACAGGGAUCAUCCCAAACUGAGAAAGGAACAAGCCAGUCUACAUCUGUUUUGAUAGAUAAGGAAAACAUGAGACAACUUGAACAGAAAAACGAUGGCAAUGGUGGAAGAAUAUUCAAAUCAAGACCCAUUGCAAAACGUUGUAAAUCACAAGAAGCAGUGCAUAAAGAAAUAGCCGAGUCUAUUCAUCAUGGUUCCAAGGAAGAUUUUCUUUUAGGAUUUGCCAGAACCGCAUCCCAUAAAGCAGAAAAUGUGUCUACUGAUUGGGAUGGGAAAUUAUCUGCUCACGACGUAAUUGAAAUUGCCAAAAAUGCUUACUGCCCAACCACCAAAAAAACGGCAUAUGACAUAAUGACAUGUGAUCACUCAGUCCAACGAUUUCAUUUGGAUAAAACUUACCUUCUAAAUGUGCAGGAUAAUAUGAAUUCCACUGAGUUUGCAUGUGAUCUUAGACGAAAGAUUCCCGGUCUGCUGGACAGUGCUUAUUCUGUUGAUCAGCUAAAGAAGACACUGAAAAAGGAAUUCAGUGUGGUCUUACAACCCCAGCGAACAGCGACAGGUUGGAGAAUUGAACCUGACCGUCUGCAUCAAUGUCUGAAAUAUGUUUAUCGUUGGAUCCCUGAACAAGAAUAUUGGCGUGUCUAUGGCAACGCGAGGACUUAUGGAAAGCAGAAAAGUGUCCUUUUGGCAAUCGGUAAUUUAAACGAUGAACAGUUGCUAAACAAUGUUCAAAUUCAAAGUCCAAAGGAGCUAUGGCCCCUAUCUAUCUUCUAUUUCCAAGAUUCAAGAUUAAAUCUAGAACUAAAUCUAGCAGGUGAAGAGUCGGUUGGGUACAGUUCAGGCUGGCUAAAUCAAUGGAUUGGACAGAUGAAGGAUAAAAGUCACAAGAUGUAUCUGACUGGUGACUCUAUGUUCUUAGAUGCAAUAGCCGACCCUAAACUUGAUCCAAAAAGUGAAAGUGGUAUAAGUAUUUAUAAUUACGAAACUACUGCUACCAAGGGAGAUGUUUGUGAAAAUACUGGCUUAAGGUAA